UUCAAUCGGUAUUUUACGAAACAUUCGGUUCACACACAGCGCGAAUGGCUCAAGUUAAAAACAGACUGGCUGUCGCUGUCGAUGAUUUGAGUGUUGUUUGGAUGGAUUAGUUAUUUGAUGCUGCUGGAUUUGAGCGUUGUUUCCUUUGUGCUGUGUGGUGCAGAGCUAUGCCUGGGGUAAAGUGGGUCAGGACAGUGAGGUGGCCCGGCUGCUGCUCGGUGGAGACCCUCAGGCUCUCAUAGAGGAGACCAGACCCUACGCAGAGCUUUGGAUGGGUGCUCACCCCAAAGGAGACGCUCUCAUCAAGGACAACAGGAUAUCCCAGAGGACACUGGGACAGUGGAUUGCAGAUUUCCCAGGAUGCCUGGGGUCAAAGGUCAAAGACACAUUCCACGGGCAGCUCCCGUUCCUUUUCAAAGUACUGUCCGUCAACACGGCUCUGUCCAUCCAGGCGCAUCCCAACCGGGAAUUGGCUGCUAGACUCCAUGCACAGUAUCCUGAACAUUACCCAGACAACAACCACAAGCCGGAGAUGGCCAUCGCUCUCACACAGUUUGAAGGUCUCUGUGGCUUUCGGCCGAUGGAUGAAAUCUUGGGCUUCCUCAAAAAUGUCCCAGAGUUCCGUGCGCUGGUCGGUAACGAAGCCGCUGAGGAGCUCCAGAGCGCUGAUGGAGACCUGGGCCGGACGUCUCUCGCUCUGAAGAAAUGUUUCACCAGGAUGAUGAACUGUGAGAAGAAGCUGUUCGUCGAUCAGCUCAACAUGCUGGUCAAACGCAUCUCAGAGGAAGAGGUUGCAGGCAAAGACACCUCGGGAAGUAAUGGAGAGCUGCUGCUGCGGCUGCAUUCCCAGUAUCCGGGGGACAUCGGAUGCUUUUCAAUUUACUUCCUGAACCGUAUUGUGCUGCAGCCGGGGGAGGCCAUGUUCCUGGGAGCAAAUGAGCCUCACGCUUAUCUGUCUGGAGACUGUGUGGAGUGUAUGGCGUGCUCUGAUAACACCGUGCGUGCCGGACUGACUCCCAAAUACAUUGACGUGGACACACUGUGUGAGAUGCUGAAUUACAGCCCGGCUCCAGUCAGUGCCAAAAUCUUCCCCUGCAUACGGGACAACGCUGACCCCUGCGUCUACCUCUACGACCCUCCAGUGCCAGACUUCACCGUCAUGAGAAUACAGAUCCCCGUCUCGGCGCGGCAGUACACUGUGAGCGCGCUGGACUCCGCUGGCAUCCUGCUGGUCAUCGACGGAGAGGCGGUCGCCACGUCUGCUGCGGCCCUCUCUGACAUCACUCUGACACCAGGCUCUGUGCUUUUCAUUUCAGCCAAUGAGGGUGUCUCUUUAGAGGUGACAUCAUCGUCGGGCAUGACCAUGUUCAGAGCCUGCUGCUUACUGUAAGAGACGCCCGCUUCAUAAACGUCUAUCUGUUCUGUCCUGAUCUAAACCAAC